AGCUCAAUGUGUCGAUAGAAUCGGAUGUGUUGCAGAUAGCAGCUGACUUUUACUCCUGUUGUUGUGGAAUCAUUUGUGUUUCCAUGCUCGUUGAUCUUGGUUGAUCACCCAUUGUUCCAUUGUUCCAUUGUUUUGACCGCUUCGCGCCGUCGCGUCGGCAACCUCAAUUAUACAACAGACACAAGCAUCUAAUGGCAAUGGCAAUAUCCAACGCUCAGACGGAAUAAACUGACCGAGGCCAAGAGAUACUGCUAAAGGGCAGAGAUGUUCAUAGCGGUGUGCUAUCCAUUGACAAAUUGUCAAAAAUGCUCCAUGAGAUCCUCCUCUCCCUCUCGGGCCAACCCUCACCUCUUCUCGAUCUAGAGCUUGAACCCAACGGCGCGUCUUCAGGUCCAUUCCCUCUGCUGUCACCACCGGAAAAAGCGCUGCUUGCGUCACUGGCUCGCCUAAGCCGACUGCACGCAUCUCUACGCACCCAUACCGCGCGUAUAUCUUCAUCCCACAACUCCACAGUUUGCCGUGCCGUAUCUAGUGCCAUAUCGAUUGAAGGACUUGGAAAAUUUCAGAAACAGAUACUUAAUGUUGAAAGAGCAAUUCUAUGCAACGACAGUCAUUACGUCGGCGGAUAUGGCAUUGUACCGCUCUCGACGUUGGUGACGGAAUUUUCUCCUUGGAUACGGAGGCUAGAAUGGUUAUGGGGGGUAGCGUGCUUCAUAUUACCUGAAGCUGCUGCAAAGUAUGCAACAACAACAACAACAGCUACCAGUGGUGCCAGUCUGAUUGAUUAUCUCCGCUCGGAAUCUCAGACUGGUUACCUCGAUUUGCAGGAGAUAGCCUUACAACUCAUCAAAGCCGCCGAAACAGCCUGGAUGCGACAGCUGUCCAUGUGGCUUCUGUAUGGUGAAUUACCUACAUUUGGCAGGGAAGAUUUUUUUGUACAGGCGGCUGAGAUAGAGCUUGAGGAUGAUGAAUUGAGUUAUCCAAGCAGGAGAAAUGUUGACUAUGUUUUGCGUGACGACUUGUUGCCGAAAUUCGUCUCUGCCCCGACGGCAUCUUCAAUCUUGUUUAUAGGAAAAUCUUUAAAUCAUAUCCGCAGCCAGAGAAACCGCUCAACAUCCGACAAUGCGACGGGUUCAAUUACGGGUAUCACUUUGGAGACAGACCAUCUCCGACAAUUGUCGUCUCUCAAAUCGCCAAUCUCGACUUCACUCCUUGCGAAUGCUGUUACAGCUAUCAGACUUUCGGUCUCGCAAAUAUCCUUGUCGAAGCUAUUACCGCUGCCAAAGAUUGUCGAGAUUCUAUCUCUAAUUCAUGACUUUCUACUUCUUGGUCGUGGUGAGUUUGUGACAUCGCUCGUAUCAAAUGCAGAUUCCAGACUUCAAGCACGCAUGACUCGACCUGGCGGUACAGCUUCUGGGUUAGAUGGUGUUAUGAUUAAAGAAGGAGAAGUAGCAGCAGCGUUAGCGCAGACAUGGACGGAACUAUAUGCUUUGCAGAGCGAAGAGGCUCCGGUGGACGAAGAGCUAGACCUUGCUCGAGAAUUGCUGAGUCUAUCUAUACAACCAACAAAAAAGGCCGAUCGUGUAGCAACACCUCAGGAUAAUGUGGGCACGAAUUUGACGACAGGAAUUUCUUCAAUUUCGUUUGCAGAUCUCUUAUUUCCAACUGAAACUGCUCUGUCUCUCAAGAUUCAGCCACCUAUUGAUCUUUUCCUGUCUAACUCGGACAUGUCAGUGUAUUCCACUAUGCAUUCAUACCUGCUUGGUAUUCGCCGCGCUCAACUACGAUUGAGUAGUCUAUGGAAACAUACAACCAUGCGGCGUUUACAUCCGUCCCCUUUAGGACCGCCUCGAAGCAAUACCCGUGGUGGUCAAUAUCAUUUGCAGUCACAGCGGCAAAGACAUAAUGCGCGAAGUGUUGAGAUGCGUCAGGUGUGGGCCACCGCAAGCGCCUCAUUAUUUGUGCUUUCAGAAAUCGGAGGCUACUUACAAGGCGAAGUGAUUCAAGAAUCAUGGCAACACUUUCAGAGCUGGCUCCAAAGGGGUGUAAAUCCGACUGGGAUUACUUCUCGACCAGCAUCGCAGCACGAAUCAGUAAUACCGGCAUCAAGGUUAAGAGGCAGCUUUGCGCAACUGAAACAGUCUAGACCAUCAACAGCAAAUUCAACGGCGCCGGCAGUAACUCAGCAGCAUGAUCCUGAAACCAUCACAGUCGCACAUCGCCGCUACCUCUCUUCCCUCACACAGUCUCUUUUCCUGACUGAGGUUCCAUUCACUAGCUCUCUUAGAUCCUUUCUCACCAGCCUCGACCAUCUCAUCGCUCUCGUUUCUCGAUUGGAGACUGUCCAACGCAAUCUCGACUUGGAAGCGGAUGAAGGCGUCGUAGAUGCCUUGGCAGACUAUGCCAAAGAAGAGCGCACGAUCAAAGAUGAAUUGCAGGAAGCGCACGAAGCCGUUCAGACUAAUAUCAAAGAUAUCAUUUCACGCCUUCGUGAUAUAGACGAUAACCGAUCCGUCGAUCAGGGGCAUAGGAAUAUGUUUGAAGCCACGGAAUCCGGUGUAGAAGAUCGUAAUAUGUACAUUCCACGCAAAGCAGCGGGAGUUAAUCAGUUGCUGAUGAAGUUGGAUUUUGCGGGGUUGAACGAUAAUCCUGUAUUUGCUGAGGACGGUGAUGAUGGUGAUGAGGGGGAUGUCGUCCAUGAUACCUGCAUGAUAUCAAACAACAAAUAA